AUACAUGUUGGAAGAGAGAAACCCAUAAUUGUUGCAGUCCUUGGAGUAGAGACAGAGAGCUGGAGAGAUAUGGCGGCUCUGGUUCAUAUACAAGAGACACCAAGAUGGAAGAAGAUCUUGGGUUUUGUAGGGCCUGGUUUUUUGGUCUCUGCGGCUUAUCUCGACCCUGGAAACCUGGAGACGGAUUUACAAGCUGGUGCUGAUCACAAACACGAGUUGCUAUGGGUCGUACUUGUUGGGGUGAGCUUUGCUUUGAUAAUCCAAUCUCGCUCGGCAAACCUAGGAGUAGCCACAGGGAAACAUCUCUCAGAGCACUGUAAAGCUGAAUACCCAAGGCCAGUGAAUUAUUGCCUCUGGGUCCUGGCUGAGAUCGCAGUCAUCGCUGCUGACAUCCCAGAAGUGAUCGGCACGGCCUUCGCUCUCAACAUACUUCUCAACAUACCCAUCUGGAGUGGUGUCCUCCUUGCUGGACUGAAUACUCUACUCCUCCUUGGGCUGCAAAGAUUUGGCAUAAGGAAACUGGAAAUUGCAAUAGGUGUCCUGUUGCUGAUGAUGGGUGGUUGCUUCUUCGGAGUGAUGGCACACGCCAAGCCUGAUCCAAGGGAGAUCGUCAAGGGAAUGUUUGUCCCCAAAUUGAAGGGUGAUGGAGCCACACGAGAUGCAGUUGCUCUGCUUGGGGCCUUGAUCAUGCCGCAUAACCUGUUUCUUCAUUCAGCAUUAGUUACUUCCAGAAAAAUCCCUCGUUCUUUCAAUGGCAUCAACAGUGCAUGCAGACACUUCCUCAUAGAAGGAGGGAUCGCCUUAUUGGUUGCAUUUCUGAUCAAUGUUUCCGUGGUCUCAGUCAGCAGUAGCGUCUGCUACAGUCCUGGGCUUUCUUUGGAGAACAAAACCCAUUGCGAGGACAUCACCCUCAAUUCCGCUGCUUUCUUGCUUAAGAAUGCUCUUGGGAAAUGGAGCUCCAGACUAUACGCUCUCUCUUUGCUUGCCUCUGGUCAGAGUUCCACAGUCACAGGAACCUAUGCUGGCCAAUAUAUCAUGCAGGGGUUUUUGGACUUGAAAAUGGAGCUCUGGAUAAGGAACCUACUUACGAGAUGCAUAGCCAUUGCUCCGAGUCUGGUGGCCUCCAUUGUGGGGGGUUCAUCAGGAGCUGGGAAGCUUAUCAUCAUCGCCUCUAUGAUCUUAUCCUUCGAACUUCCAUUUGCAUUGGUUCCUCUACUGAGGUUCACAAGUAGCAAGACCAAGAUGGGUCACCACAAGAACUCCCUGACGGUGUCAAUAAUCUCAUGGGUUUUGGGGUUUAGUGUGAUUGGGAUCAAUAUGUACUUCUUAGCGACAAGCGUGUUGAACUGGAUGUCGAGCAACCGACUUCCUAAAGUUGCUUCAAUAUUUACAGGGGUCAUGGUUUUCCCAGUAAUGUUUCUUUAUAUGGGAAUGCUGAUAUACUUGACGCUGAAAAGGGAGACAGAGCAAACACACACGGCGAUGUCGACCUCUACAGGGUCAGGGUCGGUCAAUGAAGCUGGAGCAGAGAGAGGAUCCUCCCAGUUCAGCAAUCUUCAUCAACUUCAAGAGGGUCGUGAAAUGGAUGAUAUUGUUUGCGCCUAGCUGGAUAUCAUUAAUUAGUUGGUAGUUCAGACUUCCAGAGAAGACUUGGUGGUGGUUAUCAGGAGGCCGGCCGGCCGGCCAACCAAGCUGAGAUUGGCUGGCUCCCCAAUAAAGGUUACUUUACUGGUUUUAUUGUAAUAAGGUGUGGAUGUUGAAUUAUAUUUGAUUUAUUAUAGUAAUGUGAUCAGCAGGUCUCCUUAAUUAGCGAUC